CAGGCCGAAAAGCCUGCAAUUUGGUAUGGAUUAUAUACUUUCCAAAUGGUUAUUGGGCUUCAUAGUGGGCUUUCCUCUUGUCAUUGGGCUUUCCAAACGUCUAACGGCGUCGUUUUUAACUUUCCUUCUGAGAUUCCUCCCUAGAAAGUGGAAAAUGCGACGAUGUGCAGUUGGAGUCGAAGAGACCUCACUCGCUCGCAGAAGAGAAAUGCGGAGACUCUCCUUGAAAAUCAGCUCUUUUCUUAAUAAACACUGUUGUCAUCAGUCACUUCCCUCUAAUUCAACAAGUUCCUCGCUUAAUCUCAUUCACAGACAGUUAUACCAGAAAGCUCACGAACCCAUCAAAGAAAAUUCUGCAUCUAACAAUCCAAGAAAUGGGUUUGGUAUUGUGUGUCUCAAAACUCAAGAAGGGAGCUUUAAAGAUGGGGACGACAGCAGCAGCAACAACGUUGAUGAAUUCGGAAGAGAUGUCGAAAAGGUGUACAGAAUCCUCAGAAAUUUUCAUUCUAGAGUUCCAAAAUUAGAGCUUGCCUUGCAUAAUUCUGGUGUUGUAAUGCGCGCGGGCUUAACCGAACGGGUAUUAAAUCGCUGUGGUGAUGCAGGGAAUUUGGGGUACAGGUUCUUUGUGUGGGCUUCAAAGCAGCCCGGCUAUAGACAUAGUUAUGAAAAUUAUAAAGCUAUGGUUAAGAUUUUCAGUAAAAUGAGACAAUUUGGUGCAGUUUGGGCCUUGCUAGAAGAAAUGAGGAAAGAUAAUAGUGUGUUGAUAACGAGUGAAUUGUUUGUUGUUUUGAUGCGGAGGUUUGCUUCCGCUAGAUUGGUUCAAAAAGCAAUUGAGGUAUUAGAUGAGAUGCCGAAAUAUGGAUGUGAGCCUGAUGAGUAUGUGUUUGGUUGUUUAUUGGAUGCAUUAUGUAAAAAUGGUAGUGUAAAGCAGGCUGCUUCGCUUUUUGAGGACAUGAGAGUGAGGUUUAGACCAAGCUUGAAUCACUUUACUUCUUUGUUAUAUGGUUGGUGUAGAGAAGGAAAGUUAAUGGAGGCUAAGCAUGUUCUGGUGCAAAUGCGGGAAGCAGGGUUUGAGCCGGAUAUUGUGGUUUACAACAAUCUUUUAAUUGGCUAUACCAUGGCAGGAAAAAUGGCAGAUGCUUUUGAUUUGUUGAAGGAGAUGAGGAGGAAGGGGUGUGAACCUAAUGCAAAUUCCUAUACUAUUUUGAUUCAGGCACUAAGCGGGCAAGAGAAGAUGGAUGAGGCAAUGAGAGUUUUUGUUGAGAUGGAAAGGAGUGGUUGCGAGGCAGAUAUUGUGGCUUAUGCUGCAUUAAUAAGUGGGUUUUGCAAGUGGGGUAAAAUUAAUAGGGCAUAUCAGAUUAUAGAUACUAUGAUAGAGAAAGGGCAUAUGCCUAAUCAACUGAUUUACUUGCACAUAAUGUUGGCUCAUGAGAAGAAAGAAGAGUUGGAUGAGUGUAUGGAAUUGAAGGGGAAAAUGCAGAAGGUAGGCUGUGUUCCUGAUCUCAACAUUUACAAUGUAGUGAUUAGGUUGGCUUGCAAGUUGGGGGAAGUGGAUGAGGGUGCUCGUGUUUGGAAUGAAAUGGAAGCAAAUGGCUUUAGUCCAGGGUUGGACUCUUUUGUUAUUCUGAUUCAUGGGUUUAUUGGCCAGGAUUGUUUGGUUGAGGCUUGUGAGUAUUUCAAAGAAAUGGUUGGAAGAGGCCUUUUAUAUGCUCCUCAAUAUGGUAUCUUGAAGGAGUUGUUGAAUGCUCUGCUGAGAGGUAAGAAGCUUGAAAUGGCUAAAGAUGUAUGGAGUUGCAUUGUUACCAAAGGAUGUGAGCUUAAUACAGAUGCUUGGACAAUUUGGAUUCAUGCACUAUUUUCAAAUGGACAUGUGAAAGAGGCUUGUUCAUAUUGUUUGGAUAUGAUGGAUGCAGAUGUAAUGCCAAAGCCAGAAACUUUUGCUAAGCUCAUGCGUGGUCUAAGGAAAUUGUAUAACAGGCAGUUUGCAGUAGAGAUCACAGAAAAGGUGAGAAAGAUGGCUGCAGAUAGACAGACCAGUUUCAAAAUGUAUAAACGACGAGGGGAGAGGGAUUUAAAAGAAAAGGUUAAGGCAAAAAGUGAUGGGAGAAAGAGGAGGGCUCGAAGACGCCAGUGGGGGAAGCCCCGUGGUAAAGCUAGCAUCUAGUUUAAUAACUAGAUGUUGCUGAGCUAAGAUUGUUUGGAUGAGAACGGUUCCAGCCAGUGUGUGCACUUGCCAUGACUGGACAUGGAGGUGCCUUCUCUAUAAGUAAUCUUUGUAACUUUCUUUUUGCCUUCUCUGAUUUGUAUUUCCUCUGGCCUGAUAUUCUUUUAGGCAGGUACUAGUAAUGCUGUUAAGUCAUGACUAAUAGGAUCCAUAUCAAUGCCAGCUUGAGUUUUAUCUUAUACAGGAGUUCUUAAACUAAUUUUGCCCUUCUCCUGAGGAACUUCUAGUUAUGUACUGGGAAAAUGUACUUUUGGUGUCCAGGAAUUUAGAAAAGUGAUUGAUAUAUAAAAAGGAUGUGGUGGCUUAGUCAGGAUCAUCAUUUGGAAAACAUUCCCAGUUGCAAAGUUCAGUAUAUGACUAUAUUCCAAGUUUCCUGUUCGGAAUGAUUUUUUACUAGAAUUCUAUCAAUGUCAUUAAAAGAAUUCAAUUCAUUUGAAUUCUAAAUGCUUGCAAUGCAAUUAUUGACAAAUAAAAUAAUUUCCUUGUUUUCCUAUUUUGGUUUAUAUGCAAAGGAACAAAUAUAACUUAAAAUAGUGGUGUUUUAGGAUUUUUAAUAGACACCUCACUUGCAAAAUAAUGCCAUUUUUUGGCAUGAAGUCUUUUUUUUUUUUCGAAAUGACUUUUUUUAACUAAAAUAAUUGAAUUAUAUUAAUUUUAAACUUACCAAACAUGAGAAUUGGUCAAAUAGAAUUCAAUUCAUUUGAAUUCUUUCGUUUUAAACUUUCCAGAUACUCCUUGAAGUUUUUUCAUUUUUGCAAGUGUCAGCAUACUCAUAAACCAGAUGUGGAGCAGAAGCUUUGUUAUCCUGCUAGAAGAAGUUUGAUAUUUAGAAGGGUGACACAAGGCUGGUGAAAAAUGUUGCAUGCGCAUUUUCAUCACAAAUAUAUUGGAGAACUGAGGGCUGCUUCACUUCAUGGUGAUCGUGUUCUCUCGGAUGUCAUAUUUUGUAAGUUGACUUAUGGUUGUAGUGGAUGCAUUUUCAUUUCCUUUUCAAUGCUUGAAAAGUUUAAAGUUUUUUCCCUUCUAAAUAUUGUUAACUUUGUCCUUCGCUGUUGGUUGAAUAUUUUUAACUCUGAGGCAUUCUUUUUGUGUCAUUUUAUUCAUGAAAGGAUCACUUAUGGUUCUGGCUUAGUUGGGCUAUAUCAUUGAGAAGUGACCCCUAGUUAAGUUGAUGGUGUUUGAGCAUGAUCCAUCAGGCUUAUUCCUACAUUGUGUCUAUUCUUUAAUUCCCAUACUGCUUGUCUUAUUUGAUGACCCAUGGUUAUCAUUGACUCCCAUGUGCAUGCCAAAUGGUUUCAUCUGUGAUGCAUUAUAGAUUUAUUGUUGUAGGUUUUGAGAGGGCGUAUGGUGCCUUUGAGUAUGUGAAUAUUUGUCGUUCCUAGUCAUAGAGUUAAGUCUUUGAAGGAAAAUAUGCAGUUCCUUUUCUUUGCUCUGAAAAUGAAGAAGGAAGGGGAAAAAAAAAGAUGUUGGUAGGUGUAUCAUAAUUUUUUAAUAACAAUUAGAAGUUGCAUGUUGUCUAACUGAAAUCAGUUUUUUUGAGGAUAGAUAGACAAAUAUCCCUUCAAGUAAAAUUCAGGCCCAUCUGUAUGAUAGCUCUUGUCAAUUGAAUUUGCUGAAAUGAGAACAGAAAGAGGCUAUGUUAUUUGCAUCCCUAUAUUCAUGCAUUCGUGACUGCCUUCCCUUGCUAUCAUGAAAAGAAUUUGUGGAUUUUGUGGUUUUUUUUUCCUUGCUAGGUGGAGAUGCUGCAAAGGUUUUGUUUUCUAUUCCAAUUCAGAUAGUCAGGAUCUUUCUUGAGAUUUUCUAUUAUUAUACACUUUUUUCCCUUGAUAAUCUUCUUUUGUUAUGCACUUGCUAGAAAUAUUUCCAGGUGGAUUUAAAUCCAAUGCAAAUUGUUACCAUGAACACUUCUUAGUUCUUAUAUAACUAUAUUAUUGCAGCAGGUCCCCAUGCAGACCUAUGAAAAUCUGAUCAAUAUUGUGAUGACCUGACUCGGUACAUUGAAAAAUCUCUGUUCUCAGAUUGUUCAAAAGUCCUAAGUCUUCUUUUUUCCGUUUUAUUUUUUGGCUGUCAAUCAUCAAAGGUAUGGAUCAGCAGUAACAAAAGCAAGCAGAGAGUACAGAUAGCUACAUUAAUGAUGCUACUGAGCCCAGCUUCUGCUGGUUCAAUUUUACAAAUGUUUUGGCUUCUGAAUGCAAAAUGAAGUCCGUCAUUCUGGUUAGGAAAUUAGUGAUUCCCAUCACGAUAAUCUGUCUCGUCGAAGAUCUCCUCCUGUGUGCAAGAUAAGUGGGCAUGAAAUCUUUGUUGUGAUAAACAUAUCUUUGAAAAAGGAAAAGCAAAGGUGAGAAAAUUCACGUACUUGUAACAGCUCUUCAAUUACAUCUUCCAAUGUUAUUAUGCCAAUGGCCUUCCCUUCUUCACUGAGACUUGGGAGGUGAUCGUCAUCGAUAUGCAGGACUUCUGAGUGAACCCCAUUUGCCCAUUUCUUGUGCUUUGAGUAACACCUGUGCAGAUUUGUAUCGCUGCUAAGACUCUUCAGCUUCUUGAGUGAUCUGUUGCUCUUUAAACUUUGUUUGUGUGCGACAAUAUCGCCAUCAAUGUCCACCCUCACAUCCCUCACUAAAUUAUUUUGUAUUUUAGGGCAUGUAUUAGUUUCCAUAAAGAGAAUUGUCUUGGAGACUAAAGAAGCACACCCUUGUUGCUUACCAUGAUUAGUGCUUUUGCC